AUGUCUACUGCCGUCGAGAACACUACCGACAACGUCGCCUCUGCUCCCGCCACUACCGCCCCCGAGGCUACUACCAACGGCACUGCUCCCGCCCCUGCGCAGUCCACGGACGCUGCCGCUGCCAGUGCCGAUGAAGGACGUCGGUUGUACAUUGGGAACCUCGCUUAUGCGACCACUGAGGGGGAGCUGAAGGAGUUUUUCAAGAACUACAAGAUUGAGAGCGUCUCCAUCCCCGUGAACCCUCGCACCAACCGUCCCGUUGGCUACGCCUUCGUGGACCUCGCCACUGCUCAGGAGGCCACCGCUGCUAUUGAGGAGCUGUCUGGAAAGGAGAUCCUCCAGCGUAAGGUCUCUGUGCAGCUUGCCCGCAAGCCCGAGCCUGCUGAGGCCAAGGCCGAGGGUGCUACAAGUGGCGGUGAGGGUGCCAGCGGUAACGAGGGCCGCAAGAGGGCUGGUGGCCGUGGCCGUGGCCGCGGCCGCGGUCGUGGUCGUGGAGGCCGUCUGCCCCGUGCUGGUCGCUCUGCCCCAGUUCAGAACGGUCAGGAGGCUGCUGAGCCCACCAACGUUCCCGCUCAGGCUGCUCCCCUGACUGAGGUCACCAACCAGAACGAGACGGCUGCUGCCACCGAGUCCAAGCAGGCUGGCAAGCCCCGUGCUCCUCGUCCCCAGAAGCAGCGCGGUCCUCCCGAGGAUGGCAUUCCUUCCAAGACCAAGGUCAUGGUCGCUAACCUUCCUUAUGACCUGACCGAAGACAAGCUCAAGGAGAUCUUUGUCGACUACCAGCCCGUCUCCGCCAAGAUUGCUCUCCGCCCCAUUCCCCGUUUCAUGAUCAAGAAGCUCCAGGCUCGCAACGAGCGCCGCAAGGGCCGUGGUUUCGGUUUCGUCACCCUUGGCUCCGAGGAGCUCCAGAACAAGGCUGUUGUGGAGAUGAACGGCAAGGAGAUCGAGGGCCGUGAAAUCGCCGUCAAGGUCGCCAUCGACAGCCCCGGCAAGGAGGACGACGCCAUCGCCCCUGCUGAGACUGAGACCACCGAGCAGGCGACUGAGGCUCCGGCACAGGAGAACGCUGCUCCCGCCGCUGCUUAA